AUGGAAAAUUUUGAAACUACUCAUCCAAGAUUCAAAAUCACGAGUGAAACGGGAAAGUUUCUGUUCGCUAUAUACCUCAUCACUGCUGUCCUUGUGGGGAUUAAUAUGCUCAUCGCAAUGAUGAAUAGCUCAUUCGAAUACGUUGCGGUAAGUCCGGCGAAAACAUAUCUGAGAAAGAUAUAUAAAUUACCUGCGUCUAUAUUUAACGAAUUAAGAUUUGUGGAAGAGGUUAGAGUUUGAACAAUGAAAGCGUCUCGAUGUACGAGGCAGUUUAGAUACUUCUGCAAUCCAUAAUUCGUUUGUAGAAAAACGUCUAUGGAAUUGCAUGGUGCAUGGUCACGCAAAAAAAACUGAUCAAGUUAUUAAUUUCUGCAUGAAUGUGUUGUGGAGAAACUUGUGAAUAAUGGCAUUAAUAUUUAAUGGCUUCAAACUUUUAAAGUACCUUGAGCGAUACUGCUGGAACAUUCUCGAAAUUGUUUCUUGUAUUAUCCCUUACUAUAAUUAAAUUUAAGUGUUGUAUUUAUCCUGUCUUAGCUUUUCCAGUUCGUUUAUUAUGUGCUCCUGCUUUUAGGAGGAUAAACAAUGCUUGAACUGGAAUAUGAGCAGAACGGCCAUGUGGUUAGAAUUCGCAGACAACGAUGAAUACUUGCUACCCCCACCAUAUAAUAUUUUGCAUUAUCCCGUUCAAGUUUGCAUGCGAAAGGUAUGUAUAUAAAUGCAGUUUAUAUUGAACUUGCCCACGAAAAUCAAAGCCAAGAAAAUUAAAGCUGAAGUUUAUGCAAAUCAGGACAAAUCUUUAUCCGAUUUACGAACGUUAAUUAAACAUUCAAUUCUUUUGAAUUUUCUUCAUGAAUAUUAAUGAGCUUUUUAUAAGUACCGUUUAAUAAACGAGCAGGAGUGUUUUAUUACCUCGGGUCGGUACGAUACCGAGGUCAUAAAUUCGGCUCCUGUUUUUUUUUAAAUUUUAUUUUGUGUCGAGCCGCGCGCGUAGUCGAAGAUCGAAGAGCCUGCGGGGGAGACGACAACUUCCGGUAAUUAUGUGUACUUCCGGCAAGCAUCUGCCAAAGCGAAACGGAACCUGAAGCUUUCCUUGCACAAAAUCCGUCAGAAUUGUUGAUUUAAAACCAGAAGAUGUGAUAAUUUUGACAGACAUGUUUAGCUGGACAACUAUUCUCGAGUAUAUGUUGAUAUAAUGUACAAUACUUCGUAUGCAUAGCAUGGGAAUAAUACCGCGGCCAACUUUCACUUGUUUGAUACUGCUAAGCAUUUUAUGUAUGGUUCUUACUGUAUUAAACUGGUAGCCAACAAUUUUGCCAAUUGUCCACUCAUCACAUUGUUCGACUGUAGUACAACUAUUACUAAUGAUGGAUUAGUUAUAUGCACCUAAUUAUAUUUUCGGUACUUUGAUAUAUUUUAAAAAUAUCUGAAGUGAUUGCCGUUCUGCUAUGUGCAUGCAAUCAACAAAUAGACUGAUAACCUUGUCUGUUAGUGUUACUAAAUACAAGAUUUGGUAGGGGGGGGGGGGCGAUGCCCAGACGAUGUCCUAUCCAACGACACGAGCUUAACGCCGCGAGCGGGCGUCUUGUUAGGUUUAAAGCCACGAGCGCGCAGCGCGAGUGGCUUUAGACCUAAUAAAACACGACCUGCGAGUUUAUUAAACGGCUUCAAACACGACUAAAAAUUCAAUAGAUAUACUAUUAUUACUAUUUAUUAUUAAAAACAUCUUUAAACACGGUGACUAAUCAACCAGUAUAAAAAUAUUUACAAAUCGAAAGGUUGCUUUUCAUUAGGCCGUGAUGAACACAAACUACAACGCCCCCUCCUCCCCCCAGUGAAGCCCUCCCAAAAAGUGUAAAAAAUACAGUUACUACUAAGUUAACUGACACUUUGGUUCCAGACUUUAGCAGCAGCAUAUCUGAAUGUUCUUUUCAAAGAAUUAGUUUUUGGUUUCGCUAGUACAAGCUUGCUAUUGUUGCUUCUUAAGUCGUAUCGUUCAGAAUUGGACAUUAUAAACAUGUUCGAAAUGUUUUCAGGGCAUUUGCAUGCAAGAGCCUUAGAUACACAUUUUAAUUGCUGCUCAUUUCGCCUUUCUUCUAACAUUUUCCACUCAAAAUAUCAAGGGAGCGUACUUCAUAUGAGUCGCCUGAAAUAACCCUUGCCGCUCGGUUUUGGAGUCUCUGUAACAUCCCUUUUAAGGUUUUGCCACAGUUACCCCAAACCAUUGAACAGUAAUCAAAAUGUGGUUGAACCAAAGCUUGAUAGAGAUAGGUAAGAGUUCCAAUUGAGACAAAUGGUUUAAUUCGGCGUAACAUGCCGAUGCCUUUUGAUACUUUUUUACUGAUAUUCUCAAUUUGUUUGUCCCAGCAUAAAUGUUCAUCAAUUAUAACGCCCAAAGUUUUCUUGGAGUUUACUUGUUUAAUUACUUUGCCAUCAAUACUGCCCUAUUAAUAUUCUUUAUAUAAAGAAUACUAAUGAGGACACGACUACAAUAGAUACUGCUUAUUAGUAUUCUUUACAUAAAGAAUACUAAUUAGGAGUGUUUUAUCAGGUUUAAAGCCACUGCGCGUGACAUAUUGUUUAAAGCCACUGCACGUGACAUAUGAUUUGCCAAUAAGCUUAUGCAUGAAUUAUUAAUGAGUGUUUGAAGUAUUAUUUAAAACACACUUAGGGGUGUUUUAUCAUAUUUAAAAUACGAGUGCGCAGCACGAGCAUUUUAGAUAUGAUAAAACACUCCUACAAGUGUUUUGCAUAGCUUCAAACACAACUAUACAAUAGAUACCGUCUCAUUUGUAUUCUUUACAUAAAGAAUGCUAACAAGGAUGGACGUUUAUACAAAGAGUACUAAUGAAGAUGAGUUUUAUCAGGCAUAUAAAACAUCUUAAUCACGUGACAUGUUAUGGUUGACAUCCGGCGUACUUUUUUUGGGAACACCCGAUAAGACAAACUUGAGUGACUUCGUUUAUUGCCACUAUUUUUGACAAUCUUCAAUCGCCUGAAGAUUGUCACAAAUAGUGGCAUGAAACUUAUAGGACCGAUAAAUUGAAACAUUUUAAGACGACAAAUUAAUUCGUUCUGCUAAAUAUUUGUAGUAUUGAGCACGUAGCAUGUUGAGUUGUGUUUUUGUACACUCCGUAAUAUGUUAAGGUGAAACUGUUCUCGAGUGUGUAUUACAUAAUUUCCAUACAUAUUCUGCUUAUGCUGUGUAUGGAAAUUAUAUAAUAAUACACACUCGAGAACAUUUUCACCUUAAUAUAUAUAUAUAUAUAUAUAUAUAUAUAUAUAUAUAUAUAUAUAUAUAUAUAUAUAUAUAUAUAUAUGGAUUUUCUCUCUUGGAUUUUCUCUCCCUUUUUAAUGACAUGCAUGAACUUCCAUUGGUAUAGAAGCAGAAAAGAUUUGCUUCGGGAAAAAUAAAUAGAGAGAACAAUAUACGUAUUUAUUUAUGCUAAUAUUUGCUAGUGGAAGGCGGAGGAGAAAGAGAAAUCAAAGGAUCCAGCUGAAAAGAUGGAAAUGAACAAGGUAAAACGCACAGCCAGAAUUACAGGGAAUAGUUUAGAUAGAUAGAGUGAUUGAUUGAUUGAUUGAUUGACAGACACAAAUAUACAUAGAUAGUUAAAGAAGGCGUUUAAUUUAGGCACGUUGACCAUGUCAACAAAUGCUGAUUUCCACGUGGUUCGAUUAUAAAGUAUCACAGCACAAAUUUGGUAAAUUUGGUUAAAAGGUAUUACGAAAACUAUUAACAAGUGUCAAGAAAUAAAUGUGCAAGCUGUGGUACUAUAAGCUGUGAUAGUUGAUAAGGCAAUAUUUGCAACGUGCAUGUUAAAUAAGAUACAAAUCAGUAAUAAUAUAUUUGCAAGAUGAUUUUUUAUCUCAUGUGAGAAGAAGAAUUUUUCUCUUAAAAAAGCAGGUGUUGAUGGUGAACCUGAAGGAUGGGCAGUGAAUGUUGGCUCACUGCCCUUCAGGUUCGCCAUCAACACUAGCUUUUAUCAGAGAAAAAUUAUUCUUCUCACAUGCGAUAAAAAAUUAUCUUGUAAAUAUAUAUAUAUAUAUAUAUAUAUAUAUAUAUAUAUAUAUAUAUAUAUAUAUAUAUAUAUAUAUAUAUAUAUAUAUAUAUAUAUAUAUAUAUAAAUAUAUAUUUAUAUAUACACUGGAUCCAGAAAAGUUUGACCUCCGAAUAUAUAUAUAUGUCGGCCAUUUUGAAUUUUCUUGGGUUAAUUAUACGCGAACGCAUACAUCAAAUGUCGCUCGCAACGUACUGUAUAUUGCAAUAUUCCAACAGCUCAAAUAAGUAGAGGAUCAUUGCUUGAAGUUCUUACACAUAUUUGUAGUAGCUAUCUAAUGAACAUUUGAGGGUUGUUAGCUAAUUAACUCUUGUCACAAUUUGGAACCUGAUCUUUUUGGCAUGUCGUAAUUAAAUUUUAUUCUUUUGCAUCCUUAGAGAUUUAGACGCUUAUUAGCAUGCCUCGAUGAAUUUCUUUGUUUAUUCUUUCGUAUUCACUUGUGCUUAUUUUAUAGCUGUAACCUACGUCCAGAAUUAUUAUAUUAAAGAGUUUGGCAACCUAGAACGGCAACGACAACUGCAACGGGGAAAAUAUAAUUGCUUAUAUUGUUGUAUUUGAGCCAAAGUAUACGUUACUACACUUAAUUUGCCUCAUUAAGUAUUCCUGUUUCUUUCAAACGUACUUAAAUAAAAAUAGUCCGCGAAUUCAAUAAAACUCUCAAAUAACAUCGAACGAAUGAAUUGUUGCCGUAGUCAUGCACCGUGAAAAUGAUGCAAAUCACGUAUUAGUUUCAACAACUACGGCAUUGCACAACACUUAAGACCAUGUAAUUUACAUUCGCCUUUGUCUUUGAGGAUUAAUGCUAUUGUUAAUGACCAUAUUGCCGUUGCGGUUGCCCUUGUAUUUGCCGAACUCUCUAUUAUAUUUUGCCAACGGAAAUUUUAACGGAAUCGAUAGUCAUUCGAUAUUUCAUCCCCUGAAACUCAGCACACGCAGCAUUCGUGACCUGGCGAAGCAGAAACGUUCAUUUCCUAGUUCCUACUAGCCAUUAUGUUCAUUUCCAAAUGUUCAUUUCCUACUAGCCAUUAUGAUUAUGUGCAAAGAUAUCAAUCAAUGAUUCUUUUAUUCAUUUGAGCUGUUGGAAUAAUAUUGCAAUAUGCAAUACGUUGCGAGCGACAUUUGAUGUAUGCGUUCGCGUAUAAUUAACCAAAGAAAAUUCAAAAUGGCCGACAUAUAUAUAUAUUCGAAGGUUAAACUUUUCUGGAUCCAGUGUAUAUAUAUAUAUAUAUAUAUAUAUAUAUAUAUAUAUAUAUAUAUAUAUAUAUAUAUAUAUAUAUAUAUAUAUAUAUAUAUAUAUAUAUAUACCGGGUGUCCCAAAAAAAGUACUCCGGUUUGAUUUAUAAUAACUUCUAAAUAAGUAAAGCUAUCAAACAGAAAUAACUUGCAUUAAAUAGAGGAAGAACUAACUUAGAUUUUGAUAUAUUACAGUUGUAUUUUACUUAAAAAUUCACGGAGAUAUUAAGAGCGACUGUCCAGAAAUAUCGAACAAAUUCGAAAAUUGCCGGCCACAGUCAAAAUAUAGAAUUCCUUCAUUUUUGGUCUGGUGUUAGUGUUGUGCGAGUUUAUAAACGUACUGGGGUCAGUUUCUCAACUUACGCAAAAAAGUAGGAUUUUUUUGAGAAAAGAGAUUUUACUCUGUUUCGGUCUAAAAAUAGCCCAGACGACGGCCAGCAAUAACGCUUUAAUAAACAUUUUCGCUUGAUAAAAGAACCCCGGUUACAAGCUAUUUCCCACUCAAUUCCGAAAGAACAGGUAUUAAUUAAAGAGUUUGUUACUGGUGAUAUUUGCAUUAUUAACCCGAGUUUAUACGGGAAAAUUUUGAUUCUCUUAACAUAGUUUUUCAAAAUCUCGUUAAUAGUGUAUUUACCUCACAUAUAUAAAUGCGAUGUUUUGCAUGUGGCCAUUCUCCAAUUUCCAUGAAAAUCAGGUAGUACAACCUGUACAUGACAAACUAAGAGCGACUGCAAACAUUUGUUUGGGUUUUUGCAUAGCCGCAAUGAAAUCUGCAACUGAAGUUGGAGAAAUUCGUAACGAAAGUAUGUUAAUUACAAGUUUGUUUACAUCACCGGGCAAUGGCUUGCCGCCAAAAAACCAGUACCGUUUUUCCAGCUGAUUAAUUCACACGGUUAGUUUGAUCUAAAGCAUGACAUGAUGUGCCUUUAAGAAUAUCUUAAGUAAUUACCCAUUUAAUUUAGACAUUAUUUCUGGUGUUAUUUACCCUGGUUCCAGAGGUUUAUUUUCAUUUUAUACAAUAUUACCUUCGCCAUUUCUAAUUAUAUUACUUACAAUAAAAUUUUAUAAUAAAUCUCUGGAACCAGGGUAGUUGUUAUUUAGUAUAAAUGAUUAUUAAUAUGUUUAAAGAUGUUGCAUUUAAAAUUGUGUUAUAGACUGAUGCAUGAAAAUAGUGGCGCCAGCGACUCAGCAGUCUCCUUUUAAUGCGCCAGAACGACAACAUAGUUUUUCAAAAUCUCGUCAAUAGUGUAUUUACCUCACAUAUAUAAACUCGAUUUUUUGCAUGUGGCCAUUCUCCAAUUUCCAGGAAAAUCAGGUAGUACAAGUACAACCUGUACAUGACAAGCUAAGAGCGUUUUUGCACAGUUGCAAUGAAAUCUGCAACUGAAGUUGGAGAAAUUCGCAAUGAAAGUAUGCGUUAAUUACAUGUUUGUUUACAUCACUGGGCAAUGGUUUGCCGUACUGCAUAUAUAAAUAAAAUGUAUAUUUUUGUUAUGAAUAAUAUCUCGUGCAGUUAGGAGAGAUUAUAUCGAAAUAAAAACGGAAGUGGUGUCACUGGUGUGUGACCACAAGAAAUGUCCAGAGAUUUUGAAAUUCGUUGUCAAUUAAUCGUCUCUCAGUCUAGAAAUUUGAAGAAUUGAGAAACAAAGUAAUUGCAGACGUUGUACCAAAGAAUCCUAUUUGCUACGAUAACAAUAAUUUGUGUGAGCUGGCUAAGAAAUCAAAGUUGUCCUUCUUCUCAAUUUCUAUGCUGCGAAACAUAUGUGAGCAGUUUGGAGGGUCCCGAAGGGGGGUCCCAAUCCCAUUUCCGAUCUGAAAUUUUGGCAAAAUCCCAGUCCCCAGUUGGAUUUUUAUUAGAAAUCCAAUCCGAGUUAUUGAAAUCUCAGUCAAUAAAAAAGCGUUAUUUGGGGACGCACCAUUAUUUUGGAGAUUGGGGGUUGGAAAAUUAUUUAAAAAAUUGUUUGCAAAGACAGAAAAGUGCGAAUAAAUUGUUUGCACAAAUAGAGAAGGGCAAAAAAUAGUUUGCAAGCUAAUGAGAUUAUGCAACAUCAACUAACGUUUAAUAACAAUGAACAGAGCGCUCACCGACAUACCCAGGAUCUUCACGCCAAAGCCCUGCAAUGGGAGACGCUGGGCACAUGUCGCAAUCUACAUAUGGGUUAUAUAAACCGAUACAACACGGUCACCCAUGUUGUAAAUAUUACUAAUUUUAUGCUAAUUACCCGAUCAUUUAUAAGUUUCCUUGGAUCGAGAGUAAGUAACCUAUGUUAGACAAAUGCAAACUGCGUUGUAGGCUUUUUAAAUUUAGCAAUUUCGGACUGAGAGGUGGGUAGGAGUACUUCUGCCUCACAUCUCUCGCGCACAGCACUCUCGCCCAGCUCUCAGCCUAAGGGACGGACCUUUAGAAAAGUGUGGGGGGUGGGGAUUUUCUGAUUGCAUGGAUUUUGUUCCGGUCGUCUGCUUGUGUAAGACAUUUUUCUGCGGUCGUCUGCUUGUGUAAGGAAUUUUUCUUUUCUUUCUUCUUUGUAAGAAUUUCUGCCCCCCCCCCCCUCCGCAUCACUUUUCUGAUGUCCGUCGCUAAGUUGCUUCUGUAAGCUGGAAGUCAUGACCAAUAGACCUUAGAAGUGCUUACGUCACGCCAGUGCCAAACAAUAAAUUGUAAUGCAAUUUGGGAAACAUGCAGGAAAAUAUACCUAAUGUUUAUAAAUGUUUAUAUGGAUUCAAAACUGCGUGACGUAAGCACUUCUAAGGUCUAUUAAUAAACAGCCUAAAAAAAGCCCCCCCCCCCAAAAAAAAAAGAAUAGCGCAAUGCUAUUGGUAUCGCUACAAACAGAUUUUCGUGAAAGUGGCUGGGUUGUGGUGUUUGUGCUUGUAAUAAAAGUUAAGACAAUUUAUAGUAUAUUAUUCAUGCAUGCUUUCUUGUGGCCUAUAUAUGGCUAUGCUUGAGCGCUAUAUACGAUACGUGACUGUUGUCUGCAUAAACAUUACCUGAAUCGUCAACGGAAUGAACUUGCUAAAGAAAUUUAAACAGUAAAUAAAUAAAUUACUUGAAUGCAACUUGUGAAGGCUUUAAACGAUACGACUAGUCGUAUACGAUUGUCGUUCUGGCGCAGUAAUUAAAAGAAUUGCUGAGUCGCUGACGCCACUAUUUUCAUGCAUCAGUCUAUAACAAAAUUUUAAAUGCAACAUCUUUAAAUAUAUUAAUAAUUAUUUAUACUAAAUAACAACUACCCUGGUUCCAGAGAUUUAUUAUAAAAUUUCAUUGUAAGUAAUAUUAGAAAUGGCGAAGGUAAUAUUGUAUAAAAUGAAAAUAAACCUCUGGAACCAGGGUAAAUAACACCAGAAAUAAUGUCUAAUUUAAAUGGGUAAUUACUUAAGAUAUUCUUAAAGGCACAUCUUGUCAUGUUUUAGAUCAAACUAACCGUGUGAAUUAAUAAGCUGGGAAAAACAGUACUGAUUUUUUGAUGUAAACAAACUUGUAAUUAACAUACUUUAGUUGCGAAUUUCUCCAACUUCAGUUGCAGAUUUCAUUGCGACUAUGCAAAAACCCAAACAAAUGUUUGCAGUCGCUCUUAGUUUGUCAUGUACAGGUUGUACUACCUGAUUUUCAUGGAAAUUGGAGAAUGGCCACAUGCAAAACAUCGCAUUUAUAUAUGUGAGGUAAAUACACUAUUAACGAGAUUUUGAAAAACUAUGUUAAGAGAAUCAAAAUUUUUCCGUAUAAACUCGGGUUAAUAAUGCAAAUAUCACCAGUAACAACUCUUUAAUACCUGUUCUUUCGGAAUUGAGUGGGAAGUAGCUUGUAACCGGGGUUCUUUUAUCAAGCGAAAAUGUUUAUUAAAGCGUUAUUGCUGGCCGUCGUCUGGGCUAUUUUUAGACUGAAACAGGGUAAAAUCUCUUUUCUCAAAAAAAUCCCGAUUUUUUGCGUAAGUUGAAAAACUGACUCCAGUACGUUAAAGUUAAUUAAAGUUUAAUUGCGGUGUUGCUACGUUCUUGUAUACGUCGAGACCGUCUAAUUGGCUGUUCCGCGGUUGAUCUGAUCUCAUUGCUGGUUGAAGAAUGCGUUGUCAUGGUUGGGUGAAUUCUUCUGCUAGGGAUGGCGUCAUUGGAAUGUUUGGAUUGUUGUGUGGCGGAUGUUGAAGGAAGUGUUAUUUGGAAGUUAGUAUUAGUCAUGGUAUCGUUAUUAGUAGGACAUUUACGUGUUGUUUUAAGUUGUAAGUAAAUAGUGGGAAUUUCAACGUUUAUAAUAUGCCUGGAUUACAAAUCUUUUAACAUACAUAUAUAUAUAUAUAUAUAUAUAUAUAUAUAUAUAUAUAUAUAUAUAUAUAUAUAUAUAUAUAUAUAUAUAUAUAUAUAUAUAUAUAUAUAAUUUGGUGUGGAUGCGUAUCAAGCUUAUACUCAGAAUUUCUGAGCCCUAACGGGAAUUGAACUACGUAACUUUGACCUUCUGAUAACCGCACACACGCUCUAACCGUUGAGCUAUAAGGCAUCAGAUGGUGAGCCAAGGUCACGUACAUAUAUAUAUAUAUAUAUAUAUAUAUAUAUAUAUAUAUAUAUAUAUAUAUAUAUAUAUAUAUAUAUAUAUAUAUAUAUAUAUAUAUAUAUAUAUAUAUAUAUAUAUAUAUAUAUAUAUAUAUAUUUAUAUAUUUAUAUAUAUAAAUAUACGAGAAGAAGAACAAGACACAGAACAAGAUACAGAAGAACAAAAUUGUUUAUUUGUGUCUGGUGUGAUAAUAACAUUUCUUUUAUUUGUAUGGAUAGAGUUGGGGAGCUUCUAGUGGUACGGUCUUUGCCCUACCCCGGUUUUCCUGCACUGCUGGUACUGCAUUUGUUUUCCUCACUUCUCUGAUUCUACCAUCAGAAUUGGUAUCCCAUGGACACCAUCUUUUCUGUUCUGCAGCUUUUUUACUAUGUCAUUGUUUUUAUGAUUUCCAGUGGUCUUCCGUUGCUCAUCGCAAAUUAAUAAAAAGAUCAUACACUACAUAAUUGAUGUUGAUAAAAUUUACUUAUUUCAAAAUUGAAAAAAUAUAAACAUGAUAUUACAGUAGUUAAAGAUUAUUAAAAUGUUUUUAUGUGCACAAAAAUAUUUUAUGUGCACAAAAAAAGAGAAGUGUUUAAAAUGUCGCAUCACAUUUAUUUCACCAGUACACAUGAAUGGUGCUAUGAUAUAUGAUGAAGUAUAUGAAAGGUGAUGCCCUUGCUCUAGCUAGCUUAAUGAUGUAUUAAAACAAUCUAUAGAAGUAUUAUGUAAUUGGCAAACUUCUUCAAUCGUAAUCAUUUGCAUGAUUGUCUGCAACAGACAUGAAUUCAACGAAUGCUUUAUCUUCCUCAAAUGUCCAUUUAUGAAGUUUUACUGGGGAUUUGUUUGGAGGAGUCGGUUUAGUCUUUCUGAUAGAAAACUAUAAAAUAGACAGCAAAAGUGAGAGGGGCAAUAUCAGUGCCGCCACCAUGCAUCAGACAACAAAAAAGAAACUCAUGGAUUUUUACCAGGGUUGUGGGUAUGCUUCUCCAGGAAAUUUGUGAACUAUAGGUUUUCUGAAAUGCCACUCCCAGCAUUGAAAAGAAAUUGGUGGAUAGAAAUUGCCCGACAUUCUCAUGAGUUUAUUGAUAGAUGAACAAGAGGUAUAAAAUAGAAGGAACAUAACUCCUAUACAGAUUUGCAGAAAUACUUUUUAAAGUCAAUCUUAAAACAAUUGCCCAAUUUUUAAAGCAGAAUUCUGCUCAACUAAACACUGACUGGAGGGUUUACAAUCCCCAUCCUCGUACACCUAUGAACAGAAAUUAUCACAGCCAAAAAAGCACUAAAAAGCAUUAAAAUACAAUUUUACUGUUAUGUGGGGAAUGUAGUAUGAAAGACCACACAAAUAAACCAGUUUAAAUAAAACGUAUUUUUACACGCCUCGCCUCUCUGUUUACAGCCUAAAACCCAAAAGUGCUUACCUAAACAGUUUUUUAAUUACUUAGUUAAUGACAAUAUAAAUUAAAAUAUUAAUGUUAAUAUAUUAAGUUCACGACAGUUAUUAUAAUAAUAACUUUUAGUCCGCACCCCCAUUAACAUCUCAUUGUCACAUUAAAAUACAAUGUUUUUGUAAUAGUCGUACUGUAUUUCGUGUUUGUAAAAACCUUUGUACUUCUAUACCUUUGGUGAUGUUCCAGGACUCUGAAACAAAGUUCGACUUCAUAUUAAAUUCUUCAAACGAGAAAAUCUGUGUCUCUUAUUCAAUUAGGUUUCCCUGGGGUAUCACCUUCUGAAGUAUAUAUACCCAUUCAGCACUAUAAUAAAUAAAACAAAUAUGAAAACAUACCUUCGAAAAAACGAGAUAUACGGAGCCAAAAUGGCAAUGCAUUUCAACAACUUUUCGCCAAACGUUCGUUGAAAAUCGUAAUUGCAUAUGAAUAAUAAUGAGACGCAAUGCAUUGUGGAAAGACCCUCAUUCUUCCUUUAAUUGAUGAAGUACAUGCUUUUCUUACAGGUUGAUGAUCCGGGGCGUGAGGGAAUUCUGCAAAAAAUAGUUAAUCGUUACCUCGAAAACGAUACUAAAGAAUGA